AUGCCUCCUCAGGUCCAUAAUCUGCAGGAGCUGCGGCGAAGUGCCUCAUUGGCCACCAAGGUCUUUAUCCAGAGAGACUACAGUGAUGGGACCAUCUGUCAGUUCCAGACCAAAUUCCCCCCGGAGCUGGACAGCCGGAUUGAGCGGCAGCUCUUUGAGGAGACCGUGAAGACCCUCAACAGCUUCUACGCGGAGGCGGAGAAGAUCGGGGGCAGCUCCUACCUUGAGGGCUGCCUGGCCUGUGCCACGGCCUACUUCAUCUUCCUCUGCAUGGAGACCCACUACGAGAAGGUUCUCAAGAAGAUCUCCCGCUACAUCCAGGAGCAGAACGAGAAGAUCUUUGCCCCUCGAGGCCUCCUGCUCACUGACCCCGUGGAGCGCGGGAUGCGGGUCAUCGAGAUCUCCAUCUACGAGGACCGGUGCAGCAGCGGCAGCUCCAGCAGCGGCAGCAGCUCCGGCAGCGGCAGCAGCGGCGGGGGCGGCGGGGCGGGGGCCCGGUGA